AUAUUAACGGUCGUGUUCGCUAUUUACCAGAGUCUAAGGUACUUUGUGACAUCUGGAAAUUGUGCUGGGCAGCAUUGCUGCUCGUGAAAGGUGGAGGAGUUGCAGUAGUGGGUGUGAGGGCCUUUAUCAGAUCAUCUUGGCCAAUGAUGGUGCCGGAAUGGCGGUUCCACCGAAAGCGGGUUAAAGAAUAGAGCAGGAUGGAACGCUGCCGGCAAUUCAACGAGUAACGCACGGGCCUUUGGUAUUUUCAGGGGAAGGGUUCAACAUCAUUCGUUGAAUUGAACCGAACGGGGCGGGAGAGCCUAAUAAUUUUGAAUACUUAAUGCACUGUGCAAUGUGCAAAGCUGGCGUCCAUGUCUGCCUUCAUUUCCAUGGUAAUUUUUUCUUUAAGGGGGGACGCGACAUCCCGUUGAAGGAUUACCGUACUCUUUCCCUCCUGUCCCCCCCCAUCCAUUUCUCGCUCUCAAUGUGGAUCUUCCGCUUCAGCUUGGAGGAGGGGCAACUGUCAAAAAAAAAGCGCGCCGAGCGGAACUCAUCGGUUCCGAGAGUCACCACCUGUUUCGGUUUAUUCACCAGUUUGUCCUCAUCACUAAUACAAGUACCGUACCCUGCCCCGGAAACUUGGAACAUCACCCACUCGCCCGCCCUUCCUCGCCGCCCCCCCUUUCAUGACAAGAAAUUGUGACAAUUCAAUUCUCUUUUAAAGCUGACAACCUUCCCUCUCUCUCCUUGUCGGAGCGAGAUCACUUUCACCCUCCAUUCAUCCGUUUGUUUGUUGUACUCUCGCUCUUGACGGCACUUUCGACGAUGGAUUACGUUCUCGGGGUCGCGGACAACCUCUUCUUCGAUACCAUCUAUGCCACCCUUUUGCCCACGGGUUCAUUCCCCGGUUUGGCCGGUGCCAAUGAUACUUUGAAGCGGGAGUAUAUGGAUGCUCCGAUUGUCAAUGACCCUAUCUCUCACUUUCUCGGGUUGGGACCAUCUCCUCGGGCUUAUGAAUCCUUGCUCCGGAGAGGGGACUGGGAACGCCAGGCUUUCUCACUCUUUCUCAUCACCUGGUGAGUCCCCCGUAUUUGUUUGUUUUUUGGUUGAGAGCAUUUACUGACCAGUCGGUGUACCGCAGGAUCUUCGGUAUCAUUAUUUACUUUGUUUUUUCCUCGCUGUCGUACUUUCUCAUCUUCGAUAAGGACACCUUCAAGCACCCCAAAUUCCUCAAAAACCAGAUUCGACAGGAGAUGGCUCAGACUAUGUGCUCAUUGCCCGUCAUGGCUGUUUUCACGGCCCCUUUUUUCUUGGCUGAGGUUCGUGGCUACUCGAAACUCUACGCGGAUGUCGAGCUCUACGGAAAGUGGUACCUGUGGUUCCAGUUCCCGCUGUUUUUGAUGUUUACCGAUUUCUGGAUUUACCUCAUUCACCGCGGACUUCACCACAAGAGUAUCUACAAGACUAUCCACAAGCCCCAUCACAAAUGGAUCAUGCCUACUCCAUUCGCUAGUCACGCUUUCCAUCCGGUUGACGGGUUUUCUCAGAGUAUCCCAUAUCAUGUUUUCCCCUUUAUUUUCCCGCUUCACAAGUUCGCCUACAUUGGCCUUUUCAUCUUCAUCAACGUCUGGACUAUCAUGAUCCGUGAGUUGCCCUUGCCCUCCCGCCGUCUCCACGCCCUGCGCUGACUAUGUGCAGAUGAUGGAGAAUAUGUUGCAAACUCCCCAAUUGUUAACGGUGCCGCGUGCCACACUAUGCAUCACUUGUACUUCAACUACAACUAUGGCCAAUACACCACUCUCUGGGAUCGCCUUCUUGGCUCGUACCGCAAGCCCAACAUGGAACUCUUCUACAAGGAGACUAAGAUGGGCAAGGACGAGUGGGAGAAGCAGGUCAAGGAGAUGGAAAAAGUUGUGAAAGAGGUUGAAGGAGAUGACUCUUUUAGAGAGUAUGCUGUGGAUGCUUCUCACAAGAAGACUGAGUGAUUGUGACAUCAUUGUUUUGAGUCUGGCGUACAGCGACGCACUGUGAUUCUAUUUUUAUUUAUUCGUCCUUUUAGGUUAGAUGACGGCAAAACCAGUGGGAAGUCAAGGUAUUAUAUCCUUGAUUUUCUCAGUUUUGUUUCGACUUUUUGUUUAGCCAUUGUUGGCGACUGAUAGGGGUAAUGACGAUAAGCGGGUGUUUUUUCUUUUUCCUUUUUUGCCCUUGUUUUUAUCUCUGGCAGGGUCUUUAGGUGCAGUGCAUAUAAUACCGGUAUCUUUUGUAAUUAGUGCGGUGGAUGAGUGUUUGACUGGCACAUGGGUGGGCGAUUGACAGUGUUUUUGGGCUCCUUUUUACCCGAUACACUACGGCGUUUCAUUUUUUCUGUGUUAUACUUUAGGGAAUGGCGAAAUUGACGGACAUUUGAUGGAUGAAUCAUUUUAUCAUCCCUCGUGCCCACUUUGGACCUCGUAAUUUAAUUAUACAAUGAACUUGUAAAGCUAAACAAAAUUGUAAGCCUAACUCUGUCCCAAUCCAUUUCCGGUGAUUCUCCUCUUCCAAUCACCCCAUCUUGAUAUCCCCAUCCCCCUCUGGAUCCCCACUCAGCAACCCCACCAGCUCCUUCGCCCUUUUCCACAACUCCCCCUCCAUCUCUCGGCCGACAACGUCAUUCCUAGAAUUGAAAGCUCCGACAUCGAUCCCGCCUCCACUCCCCUUGCCCUCCUUCUCGCCUCCGUUUCCGGUCACAGGGGCCGGUAUGUCAGCCUGCUCGAGCAACAGGAUCUGACGACGCAGCCGGACCACGAUGGAUUGUAGCAGCGCGUGGUAUUGGCCCGAGGCGCUGGCGAAGGCACUGGCGGAGGUCGGUGUCGAGGUUAAGGUUGUGAUCGCGGUUGAGGCGGUGGAAAGGAGGGUUGAGAUGUCCUAUCAUGUUAGGGGUGGGAAGGAAGGAAUGGAGGAGGAAGGGGUACUUUGUCUAUGGCGUUGAGCUCCAGGAUGCGGGUUUUUGUGUUUGAUUGGGGGGAC